AUGGAGCCCGGCGCGCCCCCUGACCUCCGCGACGUCGAGCAGAAGCUGGGGCGCAGAGUGCCCGAGAGCCUGGCGCGGCCCCUGCGCGGGGAGGAGCUCCCGGCCCGCCCCGCCGCCGCGGCCCCAGGCCCCCGCCGCCGCCGCGCUGCCGCCCUGGCCCGUCUGGAGACGAAACUUCAGCUCCUGAGGCAGGAGAUGGUUAAUCUCCGAGCCACUGAUGUGAAGCUUAUGCGCCAGCUCCUCCUCAUCAAUGAAAGUAUUGAAUCAAUCAAGUGGAUGAUUGAAGAGAAAGCCAUUGCCAGCAGAGGCAGCAGUUUGAGUGGAAGCCUGUGCAGCUUGCUAGAAAGUCAAGAAACAUCCCUCCAUGGCAGCUGUAACAGUUUACAGGACUGUAGUGAUGGACUGGAUGGAAUAUCAGUGGGGAGUUAUUUGGACACCUUAGCGGAUGAUGUCCCUGGUCACCAAACUCCUUCAGAUAUGGACAAGUUCAGUGAUUCUUCUGUCACAGAGGACUCACAGUCUUCACAUAAGCAUCCCAAAAUUGAUUCUGAUGAGUACUACUGUUUUGGUUAG